AUGAUAGGCAUCAAGAAUCGCGGUGUUAUGAUGGUCGCCAUCUUCUGGGUUGAAGUCGCCAUCUGCUAUGUCUUUGCAGCGUUGAGGUAUUACACUCGAGCAAGAAUUGUGCGGAAGGCGGGUGUUGACGACUGGCUUGUUAUUGUAUCGUGUCUUCUCUUUACUAUCUACGCGACCCUGAUCACUCUAUGUUGCCAACAUGGCAUGGGUCAGCACCUUCUUCAUGUGCCGCCUGAAAAUUACCUGCCAUUCGCUAAAUAUCAUUUCUUUGCCCUGGACAUAAUUGCGAUUACUGCAAUCGCUACUAAAGCUGCCGUUGCGGCUUUCCUCCUUCGACUUGUUCCUUCGACUGUUGCGACAUGGGAGAGGAUCUUUUUAUGGACGUGUAUCGCGACUAUGGCGAUCGUGAGCACUAUGUCAGUCCUAGCUGCUCUACUCAGAUGUACUCCGAUUGAACUGGCAUGGGAUCCAUUACAAAGACACCCGUGUCGGUUCGAUAUUAGACAUUUUGUCAAAUUGGCAGGUGCAUGGACGACGAUCGAGGACUUCGUUCUGGCGAUCUUUCCGUGGCUUGUGCUUUGGAAUAUGCAAAUGCGCCGUAAAGAACGACUGCUUGUUGCUAUAGGCCUCUCUUUAGGCGGAUUGGGUGGCAUCUGCAAUAUCUUCCGGGCUGUUCACAUAGACGAUCUGUCCGACUCGCCAGAUAAGACUUACGACAUGCUCCAACUCGACCUCUGGUCGGCUACAGAGAUCACCUUCUCCGUUGUCUGCUGCACGAUUCCCGUCCUCAGACCUUUAUACAUGCGCGUCCUCGGCCAACUAUCCGAGUCCAAUCCCUCCGACGAUUUCAUUCCUUGCGCAGGCCAACGCGCAGAUCACCAGCAAAAAGGCUUCUCGACUCUAAAUGACGACCCUGCCACACGCUUGGAUGAAGAAGCGAGCAUCACUAUCGCGCGCACACAUGAGACGACUAAUUCCAUAAGCAAAGAUGUUGAGCGUGACGUAGAGGCUAAAGGAUGA